GCUGAUCAUUGCAGAGAGCAAGACGAACGGAAGGGAAGUAGAGAGCUAGAGGGAUGGGUAGCUUACGACCACUGGUAUUGCUCGAGCUCCUCUCCUGUACCAAUGUUGUACUGGCUCAGUCAUCGGAAACUGGAACAAUAAUUGUGGUUGUUGUGCCAACUUUGUUCGCAAUAAUUAUAAUCGCCAUUAUAUUGACGGUGGUAUUUGUGGUGAUAUGUUACUCCCUGAGACCACUGUUCCGUCUGAGAAACAACUUGGCCACCCCGACCACAGUUUUUCCAACAACAGCUUCUACUGGAUCACAUCCUUACGCAGCAGCACCUGUAGUACUACCACCAACAGUAAACAACGCACCACAGCAUCCGAAUAUGCCAACAUCUGCGGCCCCUGAGUGUGACGUAAUUCAUGGACCUCAAGCUCCGCCUCCUUCCUAUAAAGUUGCUAUGGGUCACCCAUCAUACAACUGUUGAGCAUUUGUACACAUGGUAUAUAGCUAGCUAAUAGACAAGGAUAGCUACACAAUUAUGUGAUGUAUUAUUAAUUAUAGCUCUCACAGAAAUUUACUAUGAUCCCAGUGCCAAACA